GCCGUUUACCUUUUAUAAAUCUCAAAAAACUACCUAGGAACUAGGCCAACCAUCCCCACCAAAACGAUUCACCUUCUUUGCCUUGUCGUCGUUACACUGUCUGCCACAAUGGCGCUUGAGAUGGCUAUUGACUCAAUGACUAUUCGCGACAUUAUACGAAUUCUCAAAGGCUUUAACCCACAGGAUAAAUUCCAGACUGUCUUGAAUACAUGUAACGAUGAUUCUUUUGACCAUAUCUGCAAUGUAAUAUUACGUGCUAUAUUUCGCUGCGCAUCCCAAUCAAAAACCACAUCACAUAACGAAAAUCUACCAAGGACAUAUAGGAUACAGCAAAUUGCUCGAGAAGAGCACAUCAUACCGGAAGAGCACACCAAAAUACAAGACACAACUUUAGAAAACUCUUUAUCACCAGACCGAAGUAUAACGCAAGAGCAUACUGAAACACAGGACCAAGACACAACUUUGGAAAACUCUUUAUCACCAGACCGAAGUGUGACGCACGAGCACACUGAAAUACAGGGCCAAGACACAACCUCUUCAUCACCAGACCGGGCCACGGAAUGUACCUCAAUUCUAAACAAUACUUUAAGCGAAGAGCAGUGUUCACUCCCAGAAAAUUCUUCUGCUGCAACGGCCUCGGAUAGUGCCAUAGAGCUCUCAGAUAUAUUAGACGAUGAGAAUAUCGCAUCACCAAAUGAAAUAUCUGCCGAUCAAACAACCGCUGAAGGUCAGAAGUCAAAACAAAAACUUCCACCAAAUUAUCCGACCUUGACGACAUCCGUAACUGCCUCUCGAGAAUUUCCUGGAUGGUCUCGCGAACCAAAAAAAUUCUGGGCACAGUCAAAAAAUGCUCCGAGCUUUAAAGGACAAAAUACCAGCGCAAGGUGCAAGGUUUUUGUUCAGCAUGCUAUAAAUAGUAUAGAUGAUACCAUCAUUAUUCAGACCCUCCAAGAUAGAUUUACUUCUAUUUUGGUGUAUCAGAGCUACCGCAAGCUGAUGGGGGGGGGAAAUAUCACAUCAAACAAUAUUCUGCAGUAUCUUCAGCGCCUUGGUAUACCAGCCCAUUUUGCGCCAGAUUGUUCGCGGCUCGUUUUUAGUGGAAAAAGACGAGAAAAGUUCUGCCAUGACAUUGAUCCUGAUAGACAUGAGAUUGAUUAUAGCUCUCAACUGAUACCAGAUCUUAAGGAUAAAUUAUUUACACACAAUAAAGAUUCACGCAUGGCAACGAAAUGCGCAAAGACAGUUACUACAUUUAAGGAUCAAAAAGAUACCUUAUUAUGGUUGGCGAGCUCUAAAGCCCAGUCAGCAGCAAAAGCAAUCCUCAGCUAUGGCCAAAAACUUCUAGGUCUUGAGGAACAUGCCCACACUGGAUACGAUAGACCUAAUGGUCAAAAAAGACGAAUCGAGCUUGAAGAAGAGACUGGAUCAUUCAAACGUAUACGCACAAGUGUAACUCGUUCUCCGGCCGGAUUUCAAAAUAGCUCACCAAAUACACACCAAAAUGCAACUAUCUCUCAGCGAAGACUACACGAUGAAUCACCAAAUAUAACCGCAAAUCCUGCUGUAUUUCAGGUAGGGCGGGAUAGCCCAUUAGAUUCACAAAGUAAUGGGCAAGGUCUGGAAACUUUAGCACAAGUGGCAUUGACAAAUAUACCAAGCGAAGAAGCUACAAACUUCAUAUCAAACGAAGGUACAAUCCACUCCGAAAGUGCGUCUUAUCGAGAAAAUGCCCCAUCUGACCAGAAUCGCCCCAAUUUGCGUACAGAGAUAAAUAAUCUUGCUCCUUCUCAGCCAAAUGAUAAUCCACCUUCAGAGACAAAUGAUGAUAUUCAGCGCUUAUCAAGCUACCAAGAUAAUACUGCAACUGGAGACUUUCAUGAGCAGUGCCACGCAAGCUGGCAAGCAAGGACGGUGGAAGAGAAUGACGAUGGUGUAUACAAUUCCGAAAUUAACUGGGAGUCCAUUUUUACAACAGUAGAUAAUAUUGAUUGGGGUACAGGUACAAUUGAGUAGAUAUAAGAUUAACGUUUACAACUUUUACUUCAUUAAUGUAGCUAAAUACUAUGACUUUUCAGAA